AUGGAGUCGCUCUUAUCACUCGCCUUCGACAAUCUCUCGUCUUUCGACGGCGGCAAGAUUAAGAAAGGCCUGAAACAAGUCGAGGGCCUUCUCGCACAAAUCUGCCUCCUCGGCCCGAGUAGUCCAAGGAAACAUGCCGCCGACCAUGGCCGAGAACGAGAACAACCGUCCCGCAAGGUGCUCGCCGAUCUCUCGGGCGAUCCGGCCUUUCGCGAGUUCUUCAAACUCCAGGAGGGCUUCGAAUGGAACAUCGCCCAGCGCCUGCUCACAACACUCGACUGGCUGGUCGUUCGCGGCGGCGACGGCCAGUACGACCUCCUCAUCGUCAAUGCGCUGGACCUCAUCCAAGGCGCACUUCUCCUCCACCCAGCCAGCAAAGCCCUCUUUUCGCGGAGCGUACACAUGAACCUCCUCCUCGACCUCCUCGAACCAAUAAACUGCCCGGCCAUCCAGUCGGCCACCAUCAUCACGCUCGUGGUGGCGCUGCUGGACAUGCCGCAGAACACGCGCGUGUUCGAGCAGCUCGACGGCCUGCUGACGGUCACGUCGCUGUUCAAGAGCCGCGAGACGGGCCGCGAGGUCAAGUUCCGCCUGACCGAGUUCCUCUACUUCUACCUCACCCCCGAGACCCCCUCCAUCCCGCGCGCCGACGCGAGGCUCAGCGCCGCCGCCCCGGGCCUGCUGCAGCGGAGCCCUAGCAAGCUGGCCACCGCCUUUGGUGCGAGCGCGAGCGCGAGCGGUGGGGGUAGUAGGGAGGGGGAGGGGAGGGAGCGGGGGCAGGAGGGCGAGGACGGCGCGACGCUGUCCGUGGAGGAUAAGAAGCUGUUUGUGGAUCGCUAUCUGCCGGGCGUGGUGGAUGAGCUGUUGAAGGAUCUGGAUACGUAUAAGCCGUUUGGGGGGGUGCUCAGUUGA